AAACACAUUUCCUUUCCUGACGCAAGUGCCCGGCAAGGCUGCUGCACGCCUUUUUUAGUGGCUGCUAUAUAGCAAAACUGGAUCUUAAAACUAUUCAAAGUAAAUUCACACAUCACAGGAUCGUUUUCAUAAGGACGUAGAUUCACAGCCCUUUUCAGAAAUGUCUCGUUUCUUUGCCACCGGGUCUGACAGCGAGUCAGAGGAGUCCUCAUCCGCCGAUGAGAUCACCCCUAAAGCACCCGGGACAACUUUCAAGCAGUCAUUGCUGCUUAGUGAUGAUGAGGAGGACACUAAGAGAGUGGUACGCAGUGCAAAGGACAAAAGGUUUGAGGAGCUGACCAAUCUCAUCAAGACAAUCCGCAAUGCUAUGAAGAUUCGUGACAUGGCCAAAUGUCUGGAGGAGUUUGAGCAGUUAUGUCGAGCGUUCCUCAAAAGCAAGAAUAUAGUCGACAAAGAGGGUGUUCCACCUUUCUAUAUCCGGCUUCUGGCUGACCUAGAGGACUAUCUCAACCAGCUUUGGGAGGACAAAGAGGGCAAGAAGAAAAUGAACAAAAACAAUGCAAAGGCCCUGAGUACACUGCGUCAGAAGAUCCGCAAGUACAACAGGGAUUAUGAAACAGAAAUUGCUGCUUAUAAGGAGAACCCUCAGGACUCUGCAGAUGAAGAGGAGGAAAAGGAGCCAGAAGAAUCGGGGUCCUCUUCGGACAGUGAUGAAGAAGCAGGAGAAGAAGGUGUGUCAGCAAAGGCCUUCUUAAAGAAGAAGCCUGAAGUAACCCCAGAUGCCAGCAAGUUCCUCAAGUCUGCCAAGGGAUCUGGGGAUGAGUCCUCUUCCAGUGAUGAUGAUGUUGAUGAUGAAGACUGGGGCUCAGACUCCGUAGACAGUGGCAGUGAGAGCUCCGAUGAUGGGGAGGGAAAGAGCGCUUCCCUGGCCGUAGUCUUCCUUAAGAAGACUCAGGGGCCAGAGAAGGCUGAGAAAAAGAUUGCGAAAAAGAAGAAGCCCAAGAAGAAAGAACGACUUGAAGAGGAAGCAGAGGAGGAAGGAGGAGAGGAGGUUGAGGGAGGAUGGGAAAAAGUCAAGGGAGGCGUUCCUCUGGUCAAGGAGAAGCCCAAGAUGUUUGCAAAGGGCACUGAGAUCAACACAGCUGUGGUGGUGAAGAAGCUGAAUGAGAUCCUGCAAGCGAGAGGCAAAAAGGGAACUGACAGAGCUGCCCAAAUUGAACUCUUCCAUGCCCUGGCUGCCAUCGCAGCUGAGAAUAACCUGGGUCAAGGUAUCCUGGUUAAAAUCAAGUUUAACAUCAUUGCCUCUUUGUACGACUACAACCCCAACUUGGCCGCCUUCAUGAAGGCAGACAUGUGGAAGAAGUGCCUGGACUGCAUCAAUGAGCUGCUGGACAUCCUGUUUGAGAACAACAACAUCUUCAUUGGCGAGAACAUUGCAGAGGAUAGUGAGAACCUGGGCAUCUCAGACCAGCCUUUCAGAGUGCGUGGAUGCAUGUUAACUCUGGUGGAGAGAAUGGAUGAAGAGUUUACCAAGAUCAUGCAGAAUACCGAUCCCCACUCACAAGAAUAUGUUGACAAUUUGAAAGAUGAAGGCAGAGUUUGUGGCAUCAUUGACCGGCUGCUCAGCUACUUGGAGAACAAAGGCAGCACAGAGGAGAUUUGCCGCAUUUACCUGCGAAGAAUCAUGCACACCUACUACAAGUUUGACUACAAAGCCCACCGGCGUAGCCUGGGCCUCCAGGGAGAGUCCAAGUCUGAGCAGGACCAGGAGGAGAGUGAGGGUGAGGACAGUGCUGUGAUCAUGGACCGUCUCUGCAAAUUCAUUUACGCCAAGGAUCGCACCGACCGUAUUCGUACAUGUGCAAUCCUCUGCCACAUCUACCACCACGCUCUGCAUUCACGCUGGUACCAGGCCCGUGACCUGAUGCUUAUGAGCCACCUGCAGGACAACAUCCAGCACGCCGAUCCUCCUGUGCAGAUUCUGUACAACAGAACCAUGGUCCAACUUGGAAUCUGUGCUUUCCGCCAGGGCAUGAUCAAAGAUGCCCACAAUGCCUUGCUGGACAUUCAGUCCUCUGGCCGUGCCAAAGAGCUGCUGGGUCAGGGUUUGCUCAUGAGGAACAUGCAGGAGAGAAAUGCUGAGCAGGAGAAGAUCGAAAAGAGAAGACAAGUGCCAUUCCACAUGCACAUCAACCUGGAGUUGCUGGAGUGUGUCUACCUGGUGUCGGCCAUGCUGCUGGAAAUCCCCUACAUGGCUGCCCACGAGUUUGACGCCCGCCGCAGGAUGAUCAGCAAGCAGUUCCACCACCAGCUCAGGGUGGGAGAGAGGCAGCCCCUGCUCGGACCCCCAGAGAGUAUGAGAGAGCACGUAGUGGCUGCCAGUAAGGCCAUGAAGAUGGGAGACUGGCGUACCUGCCACUCAUUCAUCAUUAAUGAGAAAAUGAACAGUAAGGUGUGGGACCUGUUCCCCGAGACACUGCGAGUACGCGAGAUGCUCGUCAGAAAGAUCCAGGAGGAGUCACUGAGGACUUACCUCUUUACAUACAGCAGUGUGUACGACUCUAUCAGCAUGGAGACGUUGUCUGACAUGUUUGAGUUGGAGAUACCUACAGUGCACAGCAUCAUUAGCAAGAUGAUCAUCAAUGAGGAGCUGAUGGCCUCACUAGACCAGCCCACACAGACUGUGGUAAUGCACCGCACAGAGCCCACAUCCCUGCAGAACAUGGCCCUGCAGCUGGCAGAGAAACUAGGAAGCCUGGUGGAGAACAACGAGCGUGUAUUUGACCUUAAACAGGGCGUCUACGGCGGCUACUUCAACAGAGAUCAGAAAGGCGGCUACCAACAGAAGCAAGGCUACCAGAGAGAUCAGAAAGGAGGUUACCAGCAGAAACAGGGCGGCUACCAGAGAGGCGGCUACAGAAAUCAAAACCAAAGCAACUACUGAGCUUCACAGAAAUGGAUUUCAGUCUUGCCACCUUGAACUAGUCUUCAUUCCAUAGCAACUGUUGAGGUUUCUGCGCCGGACACUUGGACACAGUACAGAAUCUGACUGAUCCCGAAGCAGCUGAAAGUCAACACAGCAUGAGUCCUUUCACAAACAACUCCAUAUAGUGACAUUACAAUACUGGUAUCUGCUUUGGAUCAAUGUAAAGAGUUUUUAAAGUUAUUAUUUCUAAUAUAGAACUGGGAUAAAGGUGUUGCAGCUUGUCUGGCUCGUGGCUGUGCAUAAAGGUGAAAAACAUCAGAUAUUGUUACCAACAACCUAUUCAACAAAUAAACAGCGUGUUUCAACCUUA